AUGCUGGCGUGGCCGCGCCGGAGGAUUUUGUCACCCCGCAGGCUCCGAGCAGCCAGCAGCCGAGCCAGGCGAGCCCCGAGGGGGAGAAGGGGAGCGGCGGGGCCAUGCGGAUGCUGGCUUCGCUCCGCAGCAUCCCGCACGGUGAGCCCCGCCGCGGGCAUCCCUCCCCCGGUCCCCCCCGGGUCGCGGCGGUGCCCGGCGGGGUCGGACGCGUGGCAGCGGCUGCGGGAGCCGCCGGCAGAAGGGGGACGAGCCCUGCGAUCGCUUAAAGUCGCUCAGCCCGCCAAGGGACAGCCCGCAAGAGAUAGCAGAAACAGACAGGACCCGGGUAUUCAGAAGAGUGAUGGGAGCAGGGAGGGAGAGGAAUGCCAGUGCGGACCUGGUGGUGCUUUAAGACUGCGGAGGGCUGGGGUUAGCGCUGGUCCCUCCGCCGCGCCGGGAGGCAGGGGAGGCGAGCUGCCGGAGAGCGAGCCGGGAGGGGAGCAGAGCCACCAAAGAAGCAGGCAAGGAAGGAAGGAAGGAAGGAAGGAAGAUGUGCCCGCCUGCCCGCCCGCCUGCCGCCGGGCCGAGGGGAGCCGUGUGAGGAGCAGCAGCAGCAGGAGGAAGAAGAGGAGGAGGAAGAGGAGGCGUGCGAGGAGCCGGCUCGCCGCGGCUCGGGCUGCUGCCGCCGGGGAUGCUGGUGUGGCCGCGCCGGAGGAUUUUGUCACCUGUGGCCCUGCCCCCGCCGCCCUGCGGGCGCCUCCCCGAGCCAAGGACACACCUGGGCCCCGCCGCGCUCCCGCCCCCCGCCCCCGCCGCCGGCCGCCUCUUCCCCCGCCCGAGCGCCGGGCGAGUGUCGGCGGAGCCGCGGGGCUGCAGGCGGGGCUGAGCGCUCGCUGGGCGGACGAGCGGCCCCGCAGGCUCCGAGCAGCCACCAGCCGAGCCAGGCGGCGGCCGGACCCGCUGCGCGCUGCCUGCCAGCUCCGGCCCGGCCGUGGGCGCGGCGGGCGAGGGCGAGCCCGGAGCGGGGAGCGGGGGAGCGGCGGGGGCAUGUGGAUGUUGGCCGUCGCCUUGCUCCACAGCAUCUCGCAUGUUUUCAGUGAAGAGCUACACGCCAGUCUCUAUUUUGUCAAUGCAUCUCUGCAAGAGGUAGUGUUUGCUAGCACCACAGGGACUCUGGUCCCCUGUCCAGCAGCGGGGAUCCCCCCGGUGACGCUCAGAUGGUACCUAGCGACGGGCGAGGAGAUCUACGAUGUCCCAGGGAUCCGCCACGUCCACCCCAAUGGCACUCUCCAAAUUUUCCCCUUCCCUCCUUCAAGCUUUAAUAACUUAAUCCAUGAUAACACUUACUAUUGCACAGCUGAAAAUCCUUCAGGGAAAAUCAGGAGUCAGGAUGUUCACAUUAAGGCUGUUUUACGGGAACCCUAUACAGUCCGUGUGGAGGACCAGAAAGCCAUGAGAGGCAAUGUAGCAGUGUUCAAGUGCAUUAUCCCCUCCUCUGUGGAGGCAUACAUCACUGUUGUCUCAUGGGAGAAAGACACAGUCUCGCUUGUCUCAGGUUUUCCUUUCCCUGCUGCAAUCUGAAUGGCUCUGUGUUUAUUUGGGGACCUUCACGGAUUACUCACCAUUCAUUUUAAAGUAACCAAUUUGGUUUUGGUUACAGAAAUUCCCCUUUUCUUCCUCUCUAUCUGCACUGUCACUUCUCUCGCCGUUGUGUGCGCUCAGUGUGAAUUAAUCCCGGAUUUCACCUCCAGGAUUGCACAUCUUGUGCAGUGAAUUGGACUGAAAGCCACUGCUGCCUGGGUGAACAGAGUUAAAAAUUCAUCCCAGUGCUGCAGGUGAGGGGACACCCUUGCGAGCCCUUCUGCAGCAGCAGGGCUGGGAAAGGAGCCCUGGGCCAGCUCUUCCUCCCUGGGUGAUGCCCAGCUCUUCCUCCCAGGCAGAUGUGGCCACUGAACACCUCUGCCCAGGGGGGAUGUUCCACACCCCGCUCCCUGAAGCUGGGAUGCAGCCAUGAGGAACUAAAAGGGCAGCUCGAGGGAGCAAUUGGACCCUGGGACAUGCUUGGGAGGGAUGUGUGGAACAGAGUUCAGAGGUGCAUGCUGUGGGUAUCUGGUUUCAGCUCUGUGCUUCGGUUUCAUCCUCUCCUCCUCCUCCAAAGGAUUUGUCUCUCAUUGCAGGGCCCUGGAGGGAUUGUUCUCUACAGCUUCCCCAUGCAAACCUCGAGUGUUUUACUGCUGCAGCUUCUGGGCUGGCAGCAAGAGAGGACGGGGAACAGAAUACCUUGGCAUCUUUAAAUCUUUCAUUCUGCUGCAGAUGAUGCAGAGGUCCCUCCUCUGUGCCCAGCUUGGCUCUCCAGCUGCAGAACUCGGUCCUGCACCAUGCCAAGGAUGCCACCUUGGCUCCCUGCCCAGGGAUCAAUGCUGGCUCUCCUCCAGCUGGGGAGCAGCCCAGUACUGGAUGCUCACUCUCACUGCAAAUUCAAAUUCAUUUUCCUCUUUCAUCCAGGGCUUUCUUUGCAAAUAGACACUGAUAUUCAUAAAAUCCCCAAGAACAAUUGCCCUGCUACUUGUGGAAGGUCAGGGCAGGCUCUGUUUGGGGAUUACAUAUUCCAGCUGACAUACAGCACUCUUGUUUUUCAAUUGCAUGCCUAGGGAUUUUUUUUUUUCCUAAAGGUUUUUCCCUCCUUCUCCAUUAAAACGGAGAAUCAGAUUCCUGACACACUCAGAAAAUACAUUGCAGUCCAGCUGUGGAGGUGAUUUUUUAAUUUCUGCACUAACAAAGAGACAAAUAGAUUAUAGUUUUCUGGAUUAUAGUUUUCUAGAGGAGGCAGAAAUUUUUUUGUUGUUGUUGUUCUCCUUUUGUAAAACAUCCUGCUGGUUAAAUACCAUUGUUUAGUAAACCCACAUUUUAUUCUUUAGAGAGACAUAAACCAUAGGAAAGUAACAUCUUUUUUUCUCCUGAUAUUUGUCUUGCAACUGAUCCUCCAGGCAAUACCUGAGUGAUAAUGAUGGCAGAAAUAUUUCCUUCUGUUCUUUCAGACUCACAUUUGUUUUGUGCCUCCAAGAGUGCAGUUUCUGCACUGAGCACUGAGAAUCCUUCCAUGCACUCCAUUUCCCCAUCCCAUUUAAAACUGUUUUUCACAGAACACUGACUAAAAUGUAUUUGUUUAAAAACUGAAAAGUAUUUCUGAUAUGAAAAAAGGGAAAAAUUACAGCAACUGAAAUGCUAAAAAUUGCCAUGUGGGUAUACACAACUAGACAGUGUUAAAACUCAUCCCUUAAAUGUGCAAAAUAUUUUGCAGACUUGAAAAAAUACUAAAACUAUAUAGAUAUUUUUAAUGAAAGAGAUGCUCAUUAUAUUCUUCUAAAAUCAAAACAUUUCUGUAAAAGAAAUUUUCAAUAGAAAAUUUUACAAAAGUCUCCAUAAGUACUGAUAUUUUUUACAUGUAUAGAAAAAUAUCAGUUGAAAAUAAAAAAAAUUAAAAUAUUGAAAAUAUGUUGAUUUAUAGUCUAUUUAUAUAGAAAAAUUUAUAUAUUAUAUGAAUUAAUAUACUUAUAAUAUAGAUACAUAACCCAUACAUUUAUAUAUUUAUGUUUGAAAUAGAAUUAGGAAUGCACUGCAAAAUAAUAAAAUGUGGAAGCAGCUGUGGAUGUAGUGCAGAGGUUAGGAAAAGACCAGUGGGGAUAAAAGAGAACAGGGAAAUAAAAAAAAUGCUAACCUUGACUUGUAUUUAAAUGGAGAAGUCUUAGGGAAGAAUCCAGAGGGAUAAGGGGAUUGAUCAUCUACAUAAUAUUUUUGUUCUGCUUAAAUGUUCUUUAAAUUCCUAAGUGUGCUGGAUAUCGUGAACUCCUUGUGCUGAAAACAAAUAAGACAUUAAUUUUCUUGGAAAAAUUCCAUUAGAGCAACAGAAGCAAAGUUGAUCUGCUUUUCAAAAUGCACAUUUAUGACCUGCUGAAAGGCAAAUUCAGGGCUGGGAAGGCAAAGUGCAUCCAUAAAUAAGAAGUGAUGGGAUAAUGUGUGCUGUGUCACAGCAGCCAUUCAGCACUUUUAUAGAAGGGGUGAGGAAAAGAAAACCCCUCUAAAUGUCAGCGGCCCAACAAGAUCUUGUGAGAUGCACUGUGUGCUUUCAAAAGGGAUUUCAGAAAAAGAAGUUAUUCACUGGAUUUUGACCUCCCUUUUCUUUCAUGCAUCUUCUCCUUUCUUGCAUGAGCUCUGUUUAUUAUUAGGAUUUCUUUGCCCCUUAUCAAUGGUUAUUCAUAGCACAUUUUAGAGCUGACUUGUUUUUCGAGUGCUAAAGAAAUUCUGUAUCACAAACUCUGUCAAAAAUCAAGGGAACCUUUAUUUCUGCCUGCUUUGGCAUCGUUCUUCCUUUAUGAAAAACCCAAACCCUCUUUUUUGCUAAUUGGAAUUAUCACUCUUGUGAUAUCUCUUUAUAUUUUUAUCUCUUCUCCCUCUUUGUAUUGAGAAAAACUGAAAAGCAAAGAACGAGACUUCCUCAGUUUUCUCAUUGCAAAUCCUCAGGCAGGCUCUCCUAAAACCUUAUUCUUUCCUUGGAUCCAUGGUUCCUGUUUCUUCCCAAGUGCUAAAAUGUGAAAUAAAGGAGAUUAAGUGUGAAAUUGGUAGGAAUGUUUUAUAUAAUCAGUAAUAAACCCACAAACCAGUGCUUCAGACUUCUGUUUGUGCAGCUCUUGUUGCCUUGGACUGCAGUUCCUCACGGGAGGAGGGGGAAGAGGAAGUUCAGUGGGAGAGCUGGGAUAGUUAAACCCUGCUUGUCACUAAAAAAUGGCUAAAAACAGUUAGCUAAAAGAAGAUAAAAUGUGUUGUCUUUUUUUUUGUUGCUUUCAUUUAGAUUUAUUUUCUCACCACAUCUGAUACCUGAUGAUAAAUUGUUGGAAGGAAUCAACAGGAACAGAGGGCCAUAAUUAUGAAUGCCCUAAAUUUUCUAUCUCCACCACCCCCAGACCUUCAUGUUGUUUUAAUUAAUGAAAAUUAAUUGCAUUUGGAAUCAAAACUCUCUUCCUCCUUACUGUUUUGAAGUGCAGAAUUCUCUUCUCUCUCUCAGGAUUGAUAUACUUUGCUACCGAGGACUUUAUUAGGAAAAAUGUGUGUGUAUUUUGGUUAAAAAUGCUGUCUUCCUAUAGAAAAAGUUAUGUUUCAGCCAAAACAAAUAAAUAAAAAACUGCAAGGGAUGCAAAAAAGGCCAGAACUUUUCCUUUCAGUAUUUUAAAAAUUGCAUAUUUUCCUCUUUUCAUUUCAAAGUGAAAGCUGUUUGAAAAUUACCCAUGUAAUUCUCUAGGAAAAAAUUGUUUAUUAGGAUAAAGAAGUUGCGUGGGUUUUUGUUGAUUGCUUGUUCCAUUACCAAUCCUAGCAGGUUUUUUGUUGGUUUGGUUUUUGGUUGUUUUGGGGUUUUUUUGUUUAUUUUUUGUUUUGUUUGUUUUUUUGUGCUCCUUAUUUUCUUACUUUCCUCCCUGAAUUUCUCAUCUGGGAUAAGGCAUAUUUUGAGCUAAUUAACAUAUGGAAAUUAGCAAACUCUGUCACAUCCAAAUAGGAUAUUUUCUGGGGAAAGAAAUUGCCAGAGCUCUGAAAAAAUGUUGUGCGUAGCCAUUUAACCACACCAUUUAUCCGGGAUGCCCUUCUUAAAUAAAAUCAAUGCUAAUUUUGCAUUUCCCUAAUGGGAGCCUAUUAAGCUGAGUACACAGGCAUUUUUAACCUCAGACACGUUGCAGGGGCAAGUCAGCACUGGAUUUAAUCUGGUGGUAUUAAUGAGGAACAGGGAAAUUCUGUGUCUGGAUGACUUGGUUCCUGGAUUGGGAAGGUUCAAACACUUCCCCCUCUAAUAAUUCACCCAAUAUCUCUUUCACAGUUAUUAUGGAGCAUCAUUUAAUGCUUCUGCUCAGGGUUCUUCUCUUCUGGAGUUCACAGAUGUCCAUAAAAUAAUAAUCUGGGUUGAAAAUUGGCUCCAAAUUAUUUUUAUUUGAACAGCAAACAAUCUAUUAGGCCACUGAAGACCUUUCAAGCCAAUAUGGACAAGAAUUUCAAAGCAGUCCGAGCUGCUGAAUUCCAUCUGAAUAAAAUGGAGCAGGAAACUAAAAGAGCAGGGAAAGAAAGAGUAGUUCAGAUUUAUUAUGAUUUGGGAAGUGGCUCUUUGCAAGAAGGAAAAGAGUAAUCGAGCUCAGAGUGGAACAGAGGCAAAAUGUGUGGACAGCAAUGAAGUGACUUUGUGCUCCUCGCACUGUUCUCCAAAUCCCAUUAGUUUUCUGUCCUGUCACCCUGGAAGCACUGGGGAGACACUGAGGAGAAGCAAUUAGGGCAGGUCUCAGCACAACCAGCUGCCUCUGACACAGUCCAAACGUGGCCAUAUGUUCCCAAAAGAAGAGGGAAUGUUUCUCUCCACUUCUGAAUCGCCAGGGGAGAGGUCAAGCCAUGAGUGCUGCAGGCUCAGAGGAGCAGGGGAUUCAAAUAGAGUUGUUUCCCAGUUCAAACCUUUUCACUGGGAACUUGAAUAUUUAACUUUUCAUGCUUUAAAAAAGAAAUUAUAAAUCCCUACUUCCUUAUCCCUACUUCCUUUAUUCUUCAUCUCCCAGUGUCAUUCAGGAUAAAGGUCUGAAUUUAAAAUUUGUGGUAACAAAAUAAAAUUUGUGGUAACAUCACCCCCACACCCUCUAAUUAAGGAAAUUUUAGAAAUUGCAUAAUGUCUGCAAAUGAGAAAUGAGAAGUUGUGGAGGGAAUGGGAUGGGAAGAGCAAAUGGUUGAGGUGUGAGCAAAUGGUUGAGGUGUUCUGCUGCCUUUAGUAACUUAAAGCUGGAAGGGAAAGGUGGGAUAAAACCACCAUAUUAUCCAAUUUUUUUCCCCCCUGUGUGUGCGUUUUACCUGGGAGAGCAAGUGGGAAGCAGUGCUGGACAGAGGCUGAGGAGAAUGAAUUCAUUCUUUCAUAAUUAAUAAUUAUUAAUUAAUAAAUAAUUAAAGAACUAAAUAAUUAUUAAUUUAUAAAUUAUUUCCCUUUGGUAGCCCUGUGCUGAUCCAAAACUUUGUUGCCUACCACUCUGUUUAACCAAUGUAUUUAAUCUGAUUCUCCCAAGAAACGAGCAACAAGGUAAGAGGGAACAGCCUCAGGCUGGGCCAGGGCAGGCUCAGCUUGGCCAGCAGCAGGAAUUUGCCCAUGGAAAGGGUGCUCAGGCCUUGGCAGGGGCUGCCCAGGCAGCUUUGCAGUGCCCAUCCCUGCAGGUGUCCCCUGCAGGUGGCACUGAGUGCUCUGGGCUGGGGACAAGGUGGCCAUGGGGCACAGCUGGCAUUCCAUGGGCUGGGAGGGCUUUGUCAACUUUAUUGACUGUUUAAUUCUAUUCCUUCAUUUUAAGAUCCAGAAUCACUCCCAGGCCACAGAUUCCGGUGUUUCACACUUCUUGCUUUGUUCUUUUAAAGUUUUUUUAAGUUUUUUGAUGUUUACAUUCAUGUAAUGGAGUUUCUCAUGCAUUUUUCAUGUAAAUAAUGAUUGCUUUGCAUUCAUUUCUAAAAGUGAAGAGAAUUGAUAGACUGUUAGUUUGACCAGUGUGGUUGGAGAAGUAGCAAUUUCAUCCUCCAAUCCAUGGUCACUUUUAAAAUUCUAUAAAUAUCAAAAUCCAGAAAUAAAUGCACCUUUUUUUGCCUUCAACAUCUCAACAUGUGAGUGUCAUUCAUUUGUAUCAUAUUACAACACACACUCAGCUCUUUCAGGUGCCUCCACAUCAUAGCAAUGGAUGAAAUUAAAUUUUUUUUUGUUUCCCCAUCACCCUCAGACACCAGUGCAGGUAGUCCUUGGACAUAUAAAAUGUUGAAUUUUUAGAUGUGGGAAAAUGUUGUUUUGAUAAAUCACAAGCGUCUUUCAGUGGCUCAAAGGAUAUUAAAAUGUCACAGCCAAGCAACUCAGCAUUCUCAUUCUUUAUUCCUGUCUUUGAGGACACACUUUGCAAACUGUGGAGGAAACAGAUAAUUUUCUCUAGGAAUUAGGAGAGUCAGAACACUGCUGUACUGCAGUGAACAAUUAAUGAUAUUUAUCUCUCACAUAAGGCUUUACCCUUUUCCUCUAUAAAUCUUUCCUGCAGGAGCAAUUUAUGGGGUGAUAUCUCCAUUUUGCACAUAGAGAAGCUGAGACACUGCAUGAGCACAGGGAAAAUAUCAAAUCUGCUUCAAAGCUGUACUAGAUUUAAAGUUAUGUGGGUAUUGGGGAGGUUCCCACUGUGCAAACUUUAGACCACGCUUUCCAAAUGUUUCCCUUACUAAGGUUGUGUUUUAUGCUUGAUCUGUAGAGCUUUCCUAAUUUUGGUUGUUUUGGGAUUUUUUUUAGAAUACUUUAAAACAUGAAAAAGUAAAAAAAAAUCACUUAUUUUAUCUUCAUAAUCACUUAGAUCCACCUAUGAACUCCAUAAUAUUUAUCCAUCUACCUCAGCAUUGCAACAUGCAAUACAAGCAAAAUAAGGAAUUAUAGAUUGUGAGACUUAACUGAGGGGAGAGGAGGAAGUGGGCAAAUUAAGGAAACACAGAGUUAUAUUAAUUUUUGCUGUCUUCUUAUUUGACUUGAAAAAUGUCAAAUCUAAGUCUACAUAGACUUUUUUUACGGAUUUUUAUGUAGAAAAAUCCUAGGCUCUUUGAGACCAAGGGGAGCUCCUAGGUUUUAUUAGCACUGAAGAUGAAUAUUUUUGUUGUUCUGAAGAUGAAUAAUGCCUUGUUUCUGAUAGCUCUGGCUGCAGCCUAAAACCUGUUUUAGGGAACAUUAGUCUGGCAGAGCCAAGCUUGAAGCAAUGUAAGGGAUUUAAAACUUGACUUUUGGCAGGAAGUUGCUCCUUACACACAUUCAUUAUUUUAUGUUUUUUUAAUUACUCAUAGUACCUGAAAUAAGCAGGAGAGAUAUUACUUCAGAAGACAUAAAAGAAUAAUUUGCGAUCUAACAAAUGUGAUUUAUUUCUUUUAAUCAGCACUGACCUUUUGAAUUGAUUAUCUGUGAUUUACAGGAGGACCUGUGUUAGACCAGACACCCACAACUGAAGAGACUGAAAUGACUUGCAUUUCUAAAACCAAACAAUUUACAAUACUAAUUGAAAGAUCUGCAGCAGAAACAGAAAGAUAUGACUUAAAAUUUUUGCAUUUUGGAAAACAUUCAAUACUGAUGGCUUUUUCUUUGUUUUUAUCAAUGGUGUUAAAUAUUUCUUGGCAUUGUGGGUGACAUAAAUAGCGACAUGCAGUUUAGUUGAAUUAUUAAGCUAUAGAUGUAUAUGCAUUUGGAAGAGCUUAGCCUAUAAAUAAAGACAAUAAAUCAGAUUUUUCAAUCAGCCUUCCACCUGUUAAACAUCCUAUAUAAAGCUACCCUGGCUACAGGUUGAAGAUCUAGCAGUGCAUAGAUCAGUAAAUGAAAUUUUUUAUUGCUACAGCUGUUUGGCAUUGGCCCUCAAAUUUGAAGUGGGUGACAGAGCUGCUCAGUUUGGGGCACUUUUUAUGUUUACCUGCCUGUCUGAGGAAAAGCAGCAUGUCCCUUACGUGUAGGAUCAGGAGCCUUUGGGGGAUACUUGGUAACGGAGGUAAAAAUGUGUCUGUCCCUGUAGACAAGUGCAAGUCUCUUCCUCAGGAAUUCCCGUGACAAGAGAUGAAGCUCAUUUCUGUGAAGUGAAAUUCUGAAGCCUGUCUCGUUUCUCUCAAGUGGAAAACAGAUCAGAAAAUGAUGGUGAACAAAUUUUCCUGGUUGAGUUUUAUUCUAGUCUUUGCAUACCUUGUUCCAAGCUGAUUGUCUGAUGUUCCUCAAAACAAGGGCUCUCUUCUCUGAGGGAAGAAUAUUGUUUCCUUUCAAGGAAUAAAGAUCUAGAACAGAAAAGAGAGAAAGACAGAUUCUGCAGUGGGCCUCAAUUUAGUGGCAGGUAUUUUACUCCCCAGGCAGCACUGCCAGUUCCAGCUCAUGGGAAGUCACAACUGGGACUGUGUUUGUUCAUGUAAUUAUAGAAUGACUUGGGUUUGGAAGGGACCUUAAAGAUCACCCAGUGCCACCCCUGCCAUGGCAGGGACACCUUCCACUGUGCCAGGC